ACACCGGAUUUCCGAUCAGAGUCAAAGUACCUUAACAGUGUUUGACCCACGGCAGCAUCUGGAAGCUAGUGUUAUUUAUAAAAACUAUACAAAAAGAUUAAAAUAAAAUUUAAAGAUCCAGCAUGCAGUCCGACACUCUGCUGCACAUCGCCAACUUCAGCACGCUGUUCGUGUGCAUGGUGCUGAAGUUCCCGCAGAUCUUCGUGUUAAUGAGAGCCAAAAAUUCAACAGGGAUCAGCCUCAACAGUCUGCUGCUGGAGCUCAUUGGGUUCAUAGUUUUUGUAACGUACCAGAUGUACUACAACUACCCACCCCCAACGUACCUGGAGUAUCCCAUCCUCAUUGCUCAAGAUGUCAUCCUUCUGCUCCUGAUUCUUUACUACAACGGCAGCCUGCGGCAGAGCCUGGUGUACGCCUUGCUGUUGGUCGGAGGCUGGAGGCUCCUCACGGUGGAGAGGUGGAUCAUAGAUCUGGCCAUGAGCCUGUGCACGUUCAUCAGUGCAGCCAGUAAGUUGGCCCAGCUGCAGUGCAUGUGGAGCUCCCAGGAUGCCGGACAGGUUAGCGCCCUCUCCUGGGGCAUGGCUACCUACACGUGUAUGGCGCGGAUUUACACCACCUCGGUGACGACCGGAGACAUGCAGGUUCUGGUGCGGUUUGUGGCAAUGACUCUGCUCAACUUCUGGGUGCUGCUCACUGUGAUCUAUUACCAACGAAGAAGAAGAAGCAGCAGCUCAAAGAAAGAUGACUAAUCUAGUGGUUUCUUCAGCGCUUACUGGGUCACCAUAGGCACAAGAAAUACGGAAACAAUCUAAGGGUAACGGUUACUACUGUUAAAAAGAAAGUACACCCCGUUUCAUUUCUAGUUUUUACUUAUGAGGACUUAAAUAAUGUUCUGAAAUUUUUUUCAAGGUACUAAAGUAAUUUAAACAUAACCUUGAAUGUAAAAAAAACAGAUGCAACUGCUAGUCUUUAAUCCUCACAGCUUACUGUAAAAAAGAAAACGUGUUUGACUAAAGUUUACCUGCAGGAGGUCACAGAGUUACUUUGAAUUGAUCAGAGAAUCAACAAA